UUUCAGAAGAUCAUCAAAAAGGAAAAUGAUGAAGCUAUCUACUUUCUCUUUGGUUUCCCUUGCUUUCUCAUCUCUGUUAGUUCUUUUUCUUCUCCCUCACAGUGUAAAUGCUGCCGAUAUAAUUGAGCCUACAUGCAACAAGGCGGCGAAGAGCAGUCCAAAUAUAAAAUACCAUUAUUGCUUGAACUCUCUAAAAGCAAAUCCUAAGAGCCGAAAUGCCGAUAUACAACAACUUGGGAUAAUUUCGGCAGAAUUAGCAAAAUCAAAGGCUAACUCGAUAAGUAUUGUCAUCAAGCGUUUGCUGGAGACGAACAAGAAUCGGGUUGAUAACAAAUGCUUACAAGAUUGUUUGAAAAUCUAUUCAAAUGCUGCUGAAGAUUUAGAGGAAGUUGUUAAAGAUUUCAACGCUAAAGAUUAUUUCGAAGCUAAUAUCCAAAUGAGUGCAGCAAUGGAUGCUGCAACUAAUUGUGAGGAUGGAUUUAAACAGAUGGGUGUGGCUUCUCCAUUGACGAAGAUGAACGAUCGUUAUUUUCAAACAACUGCAAUCACCCUCGCCAUUACUAACAUGGCCCGAUGAUGAUCUUUUUCAAUUUUUUUGAGCAUGUAAUUAAGUAUUAUUUUUCUGAUAUACCUUUUAUUAUUUUUACAUAAGGAGGCUUGCAAAUAAGCUAUUCGUCACUCCCUUAAUUGUUUCCAAAUCACCACACUGUCAUUCAAGGCUAUUGAAUGAAAAUGUAUCGAUUGGUACACAUAGAAAGGAAAAUGUAACCGAGGACCAACGAAUGUAGGCAUUCAAGGCUAUUGAGCACCUAAUAAAUCUAAAAAAUACUCGUAGCUCUCCCUUUGCGGGGAUGCCUAACGGCCAGAAGGACCUAGUUUCUGAUCAAAAAAA